AUGAUGGAAAGAGAAGUGGGUUUUAUGGGACUUUUGCCUGACGCGUGUUUCCGUAGCUCACUUCUCUCAAAACUCGUGGACCUUGCGCUUUGGGAUGUUCAGAGGGAAAACCCCCGUGCCCCCUGUAAAAUGGUGGCGACGCUUCGAAGUAGUCUGCAAAAACACGCGAACGAGUAUUACCAGGCCGUUGUACAGCAAUUUGAUCAGUUGUUGCAGUCUUUACGAGAUCAUGGGGCUGCGGUGUUAGAUGGGCAAAAGGUUUUUUUUGCCUGUCCACACAAAGACGGUUCGAUGGUGGAACUUUUUCCCAACGGCAUAUCUGUCAGGGUCACCGCAGAAAAUUACAAGUGCUUUUUAAAUUUGGUUUCGGGUAUGCGACAGAAAGUGCCAGCUCGGCUGCGUGACUUGCCGAUUGACCCCACGCUGCACCUCAGUGGGGAUUAUUACCCAGUGGCCUGCUUUAUUGUGGACCACCUGCUGAACUCCAACUCGGAGUGGUACAUUGACAAUGAGGAAGACUGGAACGCCCUCAAUGUGACUUACUGCGUGCCGUUCAAUGGCCAACUCCUUGAUGUUUACCCCGGCAUGCGUGACGAGCCGGUUCCCUACUGCGACGCCAAACGUUUUGGAAUUGGGACAAAGAAGUCAUUGCAGCACCUAAUGAAAGUUUCUCAGCCUCCCAUCCAAUCCUUUUCUCCCUCUAUGGGAGAAGUUUAUCCUCAGCUGUCAAUGAUCUCACGCGGAUACUUUGAUUUUUUGCAGGCCUUGGGGAGGACGAAUAGACCGUUUGGGAUUCCCCUGAGUGUGGAGGAAUUUAACGCCAUUGGCCUCACAUACAGUGUACCGGUAGGAAACACCUUUGUCCCCCUCAUUCCUGGUAGGGAAAAUGAACGCGUGGCUUUCGAAGACAAGGAACUUUUUGUGAUGUUGGCAACGGAGAAGUUGAUGGAAACGAUGAUGCCGUCAGGCCACACACCAAAUAUUCCCCUUCCGCCGCAUUCAUUGAUGGAUAACACAACGCCAUUGGAGAAAAGGUUUUGGGACAUCAUUGAAACCAUCAAAAAAGAUCCGGCCAAAGCUGUGGGCUUUUGUUUUGCAAUUAGAGUUCUUGGUCACGAUGUUUUUCUAAAAGAGAGGGGCGACACUAUCGGUGUGACUGAAGAAAACGUGGAGGAGUACCUUGACCUUCUCUAUCAAAAAAAGGAGAUGAUUCACGCCGCAUUUGUUCAAAGCGAAAUUCAAAAAAUGGAGACGCAGGCGAUGUCAUUUAAUAAUUUAUCACCUUCCCCUGAAAAGGUGAAGGAAUCGUUUAAACGAUACCCACCACAGAAUUCCCCUCUGUGGAACACGUUCACGCUAGACCCAGAGGAUGCUAACAAUGAGAUCUUCCAGAUUGCGAAUACUAUCCCAUUUAGCAAGGACAACAUGACGCAAAAAGAAUAUGGAGGGCCAUUUUUCUUUGCAAUUCCUAUUGUUGGGAAAGGGCUUUACAAGAUCUUACCCCACGGAGAGGGGAUUCCAGUGACGUGGUCAAAUCACGAGGAAUUUUUGGAACGAGUUGAAUAUGAAAAGAAACGCCUGGAUCUCAGGACGUCUACUGCAUGUAAGCAAUCCCUAUCUGCGGCUGAACAAGAAAAUCCCGUAAUGGGAAUUCCUAGUUACAUGCGAUGCCAGCAGCGCGGAGCAUACCAUGAUCCUUCUCUAGGAUCGAUGAGAAUUACGACGAGGGCCACACUUGAUGAAAUUGACAUGUAUAAAAGGAAUCUUUUAUUACUAAAACGGGAUAAAAAUCGAGUGUCUACGCAAACUUUUGAGGAUUUGGGCCUCAGAUACACGUUAACUGUGGCAGGAGAAGAGGUGGAAUUAGUGAAGGAUGGCCGGCAACAAUUUGUAGCGGUAAAUGAGUUGGAUAGUUAUAUAGAAAUGGCUAUUUGUAAGCUGGAUGAAUUGCGACUUUACAUCCUUCAGCAGAAUGAAGUGUAUGCGCAUGGCUCGGAUCUGACAGGACAACAAUCCCAGAAACGGAAUAAUAAUUUUCGGCAGGAGCGUACGAAAGGUGUGACCUCUACGUUUUCCCCACAGUCUUGUUGGGUGGAUGUUCUUUCCCAUGCAAAUAGUACGAGCCUCUUGCAUCAAUGA